GUUGACAUAGGUGCAUGGAUAAUCGUAAAUAAAGUUGCGAGAGUAUUUGGUGAAUUUUCAUUUCUAACAAGCUGGUCAGUUGAAAACAAAGAAUCAUGAGAACUUUGUUUGCCUUUGCAAUCCUUUUGGUUGCAUCCGCUUUGGCUGCACCUCCGCCACCGCACUCUCCAGAAGAACUUUUGAAAAUCCCACAAAAAUGCGACGAUGUAUUAUCGGUUAAGGUGUGCGACAAGCUUACAACGGCUGCUGCAAAUCUUAAACUUAAAGCUGAAACUGUGAAGGAAGCUGUGGUAGACGCAGUAAAGAAAGGGAAGAAAACAUCAGAAGACAUUAUUGCAUCUGUGGAAAAGUUUUACUUAGAGAAAGUAAAAACCAAACAAUGUACUGACUUCGUGUCUGUUGACACCUGCAAGAAACUUUCCGACAUUGCAACCAAAUUAAAGAUCAAAUCUGACGAGUUUGAAACUUUCGUGAAGAAAGCACUCAUUCAAGGCAAGUCAAAGGCUGUUGAAGUAUACAACAGAGUAGUGGAAUACUACAUCAAUAAUGUCAAAGGGAAAUCAUGUGAAGAAUUAUUGAGCAAAACUCCAGAAGUGUGUUCAAAGCUACGAAAAGUAUCAACAUCGCUUAAAAUAAAAGCUGAACAGUUCAAAAAAAUCGUCACUGAAGCUGUCAUUGAAGGAUAUACAAACACCAAAGAAUUCGUAAAGAAAGGUAUCCAAAAAUUGAAGGACCAUGCUGCUAAUUUUUCAUGUGAAGAGCUCCUAAACCCAGGACUUUGCACCAAACUUCGCGAAUACUCAGCUAAAAUGAAAGUAGCCUUCCCCAAAAUCAUGUCAACCGUUCGGGAUCUACUUGUAAAGGGAGUGAACGUUGCCAAAGGCUUCUUAAAUGUUGUUUACAAAAUCACAGAUGCAUUUAUCGACUGUGAGGACAUCUUUGAAGCAGACUCCUGCAAAUUGAUCAAGGAGAAAGUUACUGCCAUCGGUGGAACCAUUAGUGACAUUGGCAAAACUGUUCGCGAAUUUGCUACAAAGGGCAUCAAUAAGGCUAAAGAUGUCUACAACAAAGUUUUGGAAUUCACCAAAAGUAAAAUCUUAUGCAAAUACUUGAAACUGGCCUGUCCAAAAUUACCCUCAAGCCUCAUAGAAAAACGAAGUCUUGGUUUGACAGAUCUUUUGCAAAAAUACAAGGAAAUGUUAAAGAAUGGUAUUGCUGAUGCCAAAGCUAAAUUGAAGAGUUCACUUGAUGCAUUAAUGGAUUCAAUGAAGAUUAUGGAUAAAACAGUUCGAGACAUCAUGAAGCAGGCUAUUGAUGAUGGUAAGAUGAAAUAUAGUGAAUUGAAAGCAUUACUGAAGAAGCUUGUUGAUGUUGCAACUGGUAAAGCAACCAACGGAACAGAUACUGCGAAACCCAAACGCGACAUAAAGGAAAAGUUGAGAACUGCAUUGAAGACCGCUCACGCUCAUUUGAAAACUGCUAUCGAGUUUCUGUUGACAAAAAGCAAAGAAGAAUUGAAGAAAAUGCACAACUAUGUAUCACAAUUGUUGAAGAAGAUCUUGGGUGAUGAAAAAUCAAGAAGAGAGAUUGGUGAGAUCGAGUUAAUGGAACAAUUUGCUGAUGCUGCAGUAGAAGACGACACAAGAAGAUUGACAUUGGAAGCUGAACAAAUCGCCGAUGAGCUUCUCGAUAAUGCAGUUGAAGAAUUAGAAGAAGAAGUUGUUGAGACAUCAAUUGAGAAGAGAGAUUUGACAAGUGCUAUUGAUAAAGCCAAACAAGUGUUCGGUAAAAUCGGUGACAAACUGAAGGACGCCCUCUCAAAAUUGAGAAGCACAAGCAUCGAAGAUAUCAAAGCAGCUUUGAAAAAAGCUGGUGUCAAACUGAUUGGUGUCGCUGAAGAUGUGUAUGACAAAAUUAAAGCAGCUUUAGAGAAACAAAACACUUUCUAAAAAGCUUGUAAUAAAGUUAUUUUAAAAAAGAGAGGUUUAUGUAAA